GUCAACUCAACUAAAGCCGGGAAGAGAGAAGAAACGAAAAUGGCGCUGGGAGAGAGAGGAGGAUGGGACAAGAGCGAGUCCCGGUACUGCGGGGUCGAGACCGAGUACGACGAAGAUGUCCCCAGCCUUUUGUCUUCCAACCUUAACUCCGGCGGCUUCGAUUUCGUUGUUGCUCCCUUGAUGGAUCCCAAUUACAGACCUAGUUUGGUGGAAGAAACCAGUUCUGAAUCUCGUGCUCUGCCAUUUGCUGGGUCAGACCUAAUUUUAAGCCCUUCUCAGUGGAGUAGUCAUGUUGUGGGAAAAAUUAGUUCUUGGAUUGACUUAGAUUCAGAGGAUGAUACUCUUCGAAGGGAUUCUGAAAUCACUUUGAAACAAGAAAUAGCCUGGGCUACUCAUCUCUCCAUCCAGGCAUGCCUUCUUCCUUCUCCCAAGGGAACAAGAUGUGCUAAUUAUGCUAGAUGUGUAAAUCAGAUAUUGCAAGGCCUAAGCAACAUGCAGCUAUGGCUUAGGAUUCCGUUGGUGAAGGCUGAUGAUGAAUCUAUGGGUGAAAAUUUGGAUGAUUUGAAUGAUUCUUGGGAACUCUGGAAUUCAUUUCGACUUCUCUGUGAACACCACAGUCAGUUAUCAGUUGCCCUUGAUGUUCUGAGCACACUGCCAUCAGUAAAUUCAAUUGGGCGAUGGCUUGGAGAGUCUGUCCGUGCUGCGAUAGUACAUACUGAUUGUUUCCUAACAAAUGCAAAGGGUUAUCCUUGUCUUUCAAGACGGCAUCAGAAGAUUAUUACUGGGCUCUUUAACCAUUCUGUACAGGUGGUUCUUUCUGGAAAACCUCUUCACCAUCUCCCUGGAGCAAGUUCACCUGUCAGUCAUGUUGAUAAUAAUGUGAAUGACAUGCAGAGACAUCCUCUCAGGUUGUAUUUGGAUUAUGUGGGUUAUCUCUACCAGAAAAUGGAGCCACUUUCUGAACAAGAACGUGUUGAGCUUGGUUAUAGGGACUUUUUACAGGCUCCAUUGCAACCUCUCAUGGACAAUCUGGAGGCUCAGACCUAUGAGACGUUUGAGAAAGACUCGGUCAAAUACAUCCAGUACCAAAGGGCAAUCUGUAAAGCAUUGCUGGACAGGGUCUGUGAUGAGGAUGCAUCAACAAUAACCACUGUACUGAUGGUUGUAGGAGCAGGACGAGGGCCUCUUGUGAGGGCAGCCUUGCAGGCAGCUGAAGAAACUGGAAGGAAGCUAAAAGUCUACGCUGUGGAGAAAAAUCCAAAUGCAGUUGUCACGCUCCAUAGCCUGGUUAAACUGGAGGGCUGGGAAAACAUUGUUUCCAUAGUUUCUUGUGAUAUGCGUUGUUGGAAUGCUCCUGAAGAAGCUGACAUACUGGUUAGUGAGCUGUUGGGUUCUUUUGGCGAUAAUGAAUUGUCUCCUGAAUGCCUUGAUGGGGCCCAAAGGUUUUUGAAGCAAGAUGGGAUCUCAAUACCUUCUUCGUACACAAGUUUCAUCCAACCAAUAACUGCUUCAAAGCUAUAUAAUGAUGUCAAGUCCCAUAAGGAUCUUGUUCACUUUGAAACUGCUUACGUUGUCAAACUGCACAAUAUUGCUAAGCUGUCUCCCUCCCAACCUGUCUUUACAUUUACUCAUCCAAAUUAUUCAAGUAAUAAAAGCAAUCAACGGUACAAAAAGUUGCUGUUUGAGAUACCGUCUGAUACAGGGUCAGCUAUGGUACAUGGAUUUGCUGGCUAUUUUGAUGCAACUCUCUAUAAAGAUGUACAUCUUGGUAUUGAACCAUCCAUGCCAACACCGAACAUGUUCAGCUGGUUUGCAAUAUUUUUCCCACUAAGGCAGCCAGUAUGUGUCAGAGCCGGGUCUCCUCUAGAAGUACAUUUUUGGCGUUGUUGCGGUCCUACCAAGGUUUGGUACGAAUGGUGCGUGAGUAGUCCCACCCCAUCCCCCAUUCACAACAGCAAUGGUCGUUCAUAUUGGGUAGGGCUUUAGAGGUUGGAGAGGGGAAAGAAGAUGUCAGGGUAGUUACUGAAGACAAAAAUCAAAUCAGCUGGAGCCUGGAUGGGAAAUUGAAGCUUUUAGAGAAGCUAAUUGAACGAUUAGUAACGUUUUUUGAAGGAGCUGCUACAUCAAGAUCCAUUGAUUGUAUUGUAAAAUGAUGAGUUAAGACGGGUUGUUCCGUGUUGUUUGUGUUGUGCCUCAUGUUUUACGGAAAUUCUUUGGAUGCUACCUUGUGAAACUAUAGGGGCUUGUUCGGUCAAAAAAAAAAAAGUACCUUUAAGGCUAAAUUGUGAACCUUGUGAAAGUUCAGAGGCCAGGCUAAGGAUUUUUCUUUCUUUAUUUAAGGGAAAACAGAGUACCUAUUACACCCUUAAACGGAGCACCCUGUUUGUUUGGAGAAUGGCACCCAAGUUGUGUGUAUAAAUCUACACGUCUAUCCACAAAACACGUUUAUAAACUCAACUAAAAUUU